AUGGUGCAGUUCGCUUCCAUCCUCCUUGCAUCGUUCUGCGUAAAUUUCGUGGUCGCCAUCGAGACCCCUCCGUUGAAGGCUAUUCCUUUGCCUGAUGGGGUAUACGUCAGCAGCGUCCCAAGUGUACAUGGGCACCUCAUAUUCAAUGCUCAGAAGCAGACCUUCAAUAUCAGGGCUACAGUCGACGCUUGCUACCUUGAUGUCAAGGGGAUGACGUUCUCUACACCUACUCCCACUGAGACCAAGUCCAAGUACAACAUUGCUAUCGGUUAUGACAAGACUGACCUCGAGUUCCACGUCAAGGCAUGUGCACAUACUCCGGUUACUAUUGAAGACUUCAAAAAACCUCUAGUGUAUUAUUAUGGUACGGGAGCGGAUAAGAGAAACACCAUAAGUCCGUAUUGGGGCAAGGCCCCCAGUAUGUUCUACCAUAAGGAUAGAUAA